ACGUAAACUUAUUAAAAAAAGAAGAGCCACGUAAUAAUUUAGGUUAUUUUUUUGACAAAACAAGAAUGGUGAUGUGUUUAUAAUUCGUGUCAAGUUCAUAUAAUUGCUGUUAUAUUUAUUGAUAAUUAUUACACACGAAAAUGCCCCUUCGACUAGAUAUAAAGAGAAAGCUAACAGCUCGCUCUGACCGGGUAAAAUGUGUAGAUCUCCACCCCACAGAACCCUGGAUGUUAUGUUCUCUUUACAGUGGGAAUAUAAAUGUUUGGAAUAUUGAGAAUCAGCAACUGGUCAAGACGUUUGAAGUAUGUGAUUUGCCAGUUAGAGCUGCGAAGUUCGUACCAAGGAAAAAUUGGAUUAUUGGUGGAUCUGAUGAUAUGCAAAUCAGAGUUUUUAAUUACAAUACACUAGAUCGUGUACAUUCUUUUGAAGCUCAUUCUGAUUAUGUUAGAUGUAUUGUAGCACAUCCAACUCAACCUUAUAUUUUAACUUGUAGUGAUGAUAUGCUUAUUAAGUUAUGGAAUUGGGAAAAGGCUUGGGCAUGUCAACAAGUUUUUGAGGGCCAUACUCAUUAUGUAAUGCAAAUUGCCAUAAAUCCAAAGGAUAAUAAUACAUUUGCAAGUGCUUCUUUAGAUAGAACAUUGAAAGUAUGGCAGCUAGGUGCAUCAACUGCCAACUUUACCCUUGAAGGACAUGAAAAAGGUGUUAACUGUGUAGAUUAUUAUCAUGGGGGUGAUAAACCAUAUUUAAUAUCUGGAGCAGAUGAUAGAUUGGUGAAAAUUUGGGAUUACCAAAACAAAACUUGUGUUCAAACAUUAGAAGGACAUGGUCAAAAUGUCACUGCUGUAUGUUUCCAUCCAGAAUUGCCAAUAGCACUCACAGGAAGUGAAGAUGGUACUGUAAGAGCUUGGCAUGCCAACACUCAUAGAUUAGAAAGUAGCUUAAACUAUGGUUUUGAAAGAGUUUGGACAAUAUGUUGUCUGAAAGGAUCAAAUAAUGUAGCAUUGGGGUAUGAUGAAGGUAGUAUUUUAGUCAAAGUGGGUAGAGAAGAACCUGCCGUUAGUAUGGAUGCCAGUGGAGGAAAAAUUAUUUGGGCCAGACAUGCCGAACUUCAGCAAGCCAAUCUUAAAGCACUUCCUGAAGGUGCUGAAAUACGUGAUGGAGAACGUCUCCCUGUUUCUGUAAAAGAUAUGGGUGCCUGCGAAAUUUACCCACAGACUAUUCAACAUAAUCCCAAUGGUCGUUUUGUAGUUGUGUGUGGAGAUGGUGAAUACAUAAUAUACACUGCCAUGGCUUUGCGUAAUAAAGCAUUUGGUAGUGCACAAGAAUUUGUGUGGGCUCAAGAUUCCAGUGAAUACGCUAUUAGAGAAUCUGGGUCCACUAUCAGGAUCUUUAAAAAUUUCAAGGAAAAGAAAAAUUUUAAAUCAGACUUUGGAGCCGAAGGUAUAUAUGGUGGUUACCUCUUGGGGGUAAAAUCAGUAUCUGGAUUAACUUUCUAUGAUUGGGAAACUCUUGAUUUGGUUCGUAGAAUUGAAAUCCAACCUAAAGCUGUUUACUGGUCAGAUAGCGGGAAACUUGUUUGCUUGGCUACUGAAGACAGUUAUUUUAUUCUGUCUUAUGAUGUUGAUGAAGUACAGAAGGCCAAGGAUAAUAACCAGGUGGCAGAUGAUGGAGUAGAGUCGGCGUUCAAUCUUCUAGGUGAAGUAAAUGAAUCAGUACGAACAGGUUUAUGGGUAGGCGAUUGUUUCAUUUACACAAAUGCUGUUAAUCGUAUCAAUUAUUUUGUGGGUGGAGAAUUGGUGACUAUAGCACAUUUAGAUCGUCCUUUAUAUGUAUUGGGUUAUGUUCCAAAAGAUGACAGAUUAUAUCUGGUAGAUAAAGAGUUAAGUGUAGUUAGUUACCAACUGCUCCUUUCAGUACUUGAAUAUCAGACAGCUGUAAUGAGAAGGGACUUUCCAACAGCAGACAGAGUAUUACCAUCAAUUCCUAAAGAGCACAGAACAAGAGUAGCACAUUUCUUGGAAAAACAAGGUUUUAAACAGCAAGCUUUGGCUGUGAGUACAGAUCCUGAACAUAGAUUUGAACUAGCUGUUGCAUUAGAAGAUCUUAAUACUGCUAGAAUUUUAGCACAAGAAGCUAAUAAUCCACAAAAAUGGAGUCAGCUAGGUGAAUUAGCGGCGGCUACUAACAAUGUAGAGUUAGCUAAAGAAUGUAUGCAAAAAGCACAAGAUUACGGAGGAUUGUUACUUCUAGGUACCAGUUCAGGUGAUGAACAAUUGGUCCGAACUUUAGCAGAAACAACACAAGCUGAAGGAAAACACAAUUUAUCUUUUCUAUCUCAUUUUUUAGUAGGGGAUUUGACCAAAUGUCUAGAUAUCCUCAUAAGUACAGGAAGAUUACCAGAAGCAGCAUUUUUCGCAAGGUCUUACCUACCAGAUAAAAUUUCUGAAAUAGUGGAACUUUGGAAAGCUCAAUUAUCAACUGUAAAUCAAAAAGCUGGACAAAGCUUAGCUGAUCCUAAAAAUUAUGAGAAUCUUUUCCCCGGUCUUCAAGAAGCUUUAGUAGCCCAGAAAUUUAUAGAACAAAAUAACACAGGAUUAGCUCCUGCUUCUAUAGCUCCUACAAUUACUCCAAAUCACGAUAGGAAUAUUUUAGCAGAGGUGGAGGCACAGUUAAGGAAUACUGGAAUAUCGUCAAAUUUGCGAAGUGGAGUACCUGAAGAAUUGCCUAGCAGUAACAUUGCAGUUUUGUCUUCUAUCAACCCCACUGAUAAUCAAUCGAGUAAAAGUUUAUUAGAUCAAGAUGAUGAUGAUUUAGAUUUGGAUGACGUCAAUAUUGACGAUAAUAUCGAUACAACGGAUAUCAAUAUUGAUGACGAUUUACUGAGCGAUUGAAAUAAUUUUGCUAAUACAUACCUUAGUAUUAAACUGUAAAUUCUUCAUUCCUAUUAUUAAGAAAAUGAAUUAUAUGUAAGAUUUCAAUGUUUUAUUAAUAUUUAAAGAAAAAAUAUAUAAAAUUUUGUGUAAAA